AUGUGUUCAAUAAUUUACCCAAGCUAUGCUGAAAGAAAGGGAAGGAAUUGUCUUGAAGAUAUUAACCAAAACUGCCAGUUGGUUGCCAGAUUUCAUUAUGAAGCAAUGUCUUACCUGAUUAAAGAAGAUUACUUUGCAACAGAUGCCCUGAACUUUGUUAACAGCUUGGCCAAACAAAUGGAAUCAAAACUUACAAAAUCUAGAGAGAUCAAUGUCAUGAGAAAAGAAAAGCUUGCCUUAUCCAAAAAUCAGAGAACACUCUUCCAAUGUUGUGCCAAUGUUUAUAAUAAAGUGACAGCUAGUACUUCGCAGAGUGAGACAUUACAUUCUGACAGCGAUGAAAGUGACUGA